AUGGAAUAACAAAAUACAAUCUAUUUUUAAUUAAAAACAUUUCUAAGCUCGAAUUUAUCUUCACACAAAUAUGUCCACUUAAAACUCAUGGAUUACAAAAUUGAUUCUAAAAAAGAUGUAACUUAAUUAGCAUCUGCGUUGGCUAAGUGUUCUUAAGCUUCAAAUAUGACUAUUGAUCUUUACGAAAACAAAAUUGGAUAAUUUGGAGGAUCUGCUAUAGGGACUGCUUUAGCAAGCUGCUUAAACCUAUAAGCAAUUCAAUUAAUCUUAAUAUCUUGCAAUUUGGGUGAUUAAGGCGCAGUUGGAUCUUGCUCUGGUCUAGAAAACUGUAAAAACUUAAAAUAGCUAAAUCUGAGUCUUUGUCAAAAUAAAAUUGGUCCAAAUGGUGCUUAUAAUUUGGGUUAAAUAUUAUAAAAAUGCAAUAAUUUAUAAGAUGUUGAAAUAGAUAUGAGUAAAAACUAGAUUGGUGAUUUGGGUAUUUCAAACUUUUGUUCUUCGUUACAGAGCUGCUAAAAGCUUUCUCGUUUGAGCAUUUGGUUAAAUUAAGGUAGUAUUAGCUCAUCAGGCAUAAAUAGUUUAAGUUAAGCUUUAGUUAAUUAUCCCAGCUUACAAAUUCUAUAUCUUAUUUUCAAUGAAAAUAAUAUCACAGACUCUGGGGUAGAUUAGUUGGGCUAAGCCUUACAAAAUUGCUAAAAUCUAAUCUACUUAUUUCUCCUAUUAGAAGAAAAUUCAAUUUACUCAUAAUGUCAAUAAAGAAUCUACAGGCGAAUAAAAAAAGUUAAAAAAUUAGUUAAUUAUUACAUUUCUUUUGAUAAUGGUCACUGUUGUGAAUGUGAUUAUGAGGAAGAAGCAUAUUACGAAUGA